UUCAUCGAUAUAACAUAGUAGAAUUUUUUCCUUGAAUAAUGCCAAAAAGGGGAUUAAUUCCCAAAAUGUGUGAGAAAAAAUUUUAUUUCCCUGCGUACCGUCCACGUAGGACGGCACGCGAAAAAAUUUUUUUUUUUUAAAACUGCAAUAAAACCGCUACUCAGAGUAGCGGUUAAUGCAUCAAACAAACGCUACUCAGAGUAGCGGUUAUAUUUAAAAUCAACCGCUACUCUGAGUAGCGGUUUUAUUUAAUGAACCGCUACUCUGAGUAGCGGUUUACAAGAUUUUUGGACCCGUUGUAAACCGCUACUCGGAGUAGCGGUUCUAUAAAGAAAACCGCUACUCCGAGUAGCGGUUUAUAAAAAUCCCCAAUUCAGACCUAAAUCCCCCAAUUUCCCAAUCUACAGGUGCUCGAAAUUUUUUUUCUCUCACAAUCACUUCUCCCUCUCUCUCUCUUCCGACGACGCUGCAUUACAUCAUCACCGCCGGCGACCGGAGUCCGUCACUUCUUGGUCUCUCUCUUCCGACGACAGCGGCACCUCACAAUCCGUCACUUCUCCCUCUCUCUCUUCCGACCACAGCGAUCUUUGUGAGUAUAUUUUGUGUUUUUUUUUUUGUUUUUUUUUAAUUUAAUUUGUGUAGCAUGCCAUAUUUGUUAGAUGGAAAUUGUUUAGUUUGAUUAGUAUAAUUUAGUUGUUGAUGAUUAAAAAUUUAGGAUAUUGUGAUGGUUUAUUUUGUAUCAAUUGGAAGGUUAGUAUAAUUGGAAGGUGAUUAGUAUAAUUCGAAGGUUAUUAGCAUAUUGUUUAGUUGUUUGAUUAGUAUAAUUUAGUUGUUGGUUGGUUAAAAAUGAAUUUGAGCAUUUUGUGAUGGUUGAUUUUGCAUGAAUUGUUGUGUUUAUGUUGUAAAUACUACUAGUAUGGUGAAAAAUAGUGUUGAUAUUGUUUGAAUAUGUAGAAUAAGAAUAACUUAAUUAAACAUUAUGUUUUUUGUAUGUAGAAUAUGGAACAACCUAAAUAUCCUCUAUACCUUUAUUGGAAUGGUGAAUUAUCUCAAAAUGAUGUUGAUAUUGUAUAUAGAGGUGGAAGGAAAAAGUUUUUGUUCAUCAAUUCCGGUAUGAUGUUUCAAGAGAUUCUGAAUAGGGUUCGUCUUUGAGAUUGACAUGGCUUCGGCAACAUUUUUUCUUGUUGCCGAAUGAUGCUGAUGAGGUGACUGUCCAGCGAUUUGCCCGGGCUUACAUUCUUGCAUUGAUGGGCUCCAUUCUUUUUGCCGACAAGAGUGGAGAUGCAGUCCAGCUUCUUUAUCUCCCGCUUUUAGCUGAUCUCGACGUAGCAGGGACAUAUAGUUGGGGUAGUGCGACCCUUGCAUACCUGUAUCGGCAGCUAUGUCGGGCAUCACAUAGGGGUGCGAGGGAGUUAGGUGGCCCUGUGUUGUUGUUACAGAUUUGGGCAUGGGAGCACAUACACAUUGGCAGACCUCGGAUUUCGAGGGUGCGGGACCCACCUCCACAGUUUGACGAGGCUGUUCCUAUUUUAGGCUCCCAGCAUGUUCCGGGGAUUGACCCCUUAGCUGUCAGUUGGCUUCGAGUACACAUCACUAGGUCCCACACAGCAGGUGGGCUUCCUUACUACAGGGAUGCACUUGACCAUCAGACGGACGAGCAGAUGACUUGGCAGCCAUAUACUGAUGCGAGACUGGCGUUGUUACCUGCUAUAUGUCGAGCUGAUCGACAUGUAUGGCGCACCAUGGCCCCACUUAUCUGUUUCGACAUUGUAGAGUUCCAUUUCCCUGGUCGAGUUAUGCGCCAGUUUGGAUUCGAGCAGACGAUUCCCGCACCUUUUGAUACGAGCACAACCCUUCAUGCCAUAGAUCGGAGGUCGAAGAACAAGAACUAUCCGCUCAGACAUCGACCUUACAUUGCACAUUGGGAUGAGCGCGAGGGACACAUAGUUCAGGGCACUCCUUUUAGUGGUCGUACUCCUGCCUUUGACGAGUAUAUGAUAUGGUUUCGUCGCAUCACGAGGUUACGCCUGACGAAUCCAUCGAGGCGACCACCUUCUACACAUUAUCAGCCUGCGUCUGCAGAUAUAGUAUUGGCACAUACUUUAUCUGAUAUUGCUCAUAGGUGCGGUACUGUGCUAGAGGCUUCUGAGUCAUUGCCUCCAGAUAUGGUGCGUGACUUGUAUGCGCAGACAUUGCAGACUAUGAGGGGACUGUGUGUUGAUGCUGUUGGCCGAGCUGGACAUGGCCACAUCGUACAGGGCGUGCCUACUUCUGCUGGAUAUACAUCGACUUCUACAUCUUCUACGUCUGCUGCCCAUAUAUCUACCACAUCAGCUUUGCUUUCACCUCCAGUCACUCAGAGGGCCUAUCGACGACGUUCUGACACUACUCCCCCUUCUCUUGAUGCCAUUGCAGAGACUCAUGAAACCACACCUAGCUCAUCUACACCUUCACAAAAGAAGAAGAGAGGGUUUUAG